AACAUCAGAAAAUGGAGCUUCCAGACCUCAGCGUGUCUCAGACUCAUGAGGUGAUACAAAGUUGCCAUGCGUGAAACGCGGGGUUCGUCGUUAGCUUAACGCCAACUAGCCUCCGUGGUGAGAGAAUAACAAGUAAAAGAGGAUAGUGUGUCUGCUCUAGAUGACUUUCUUCAUGGAUUUCUGAAUCGUAUACCCACUGGGAAGCAUUGAUGUAAAAGUAGCUGAGAACUCUAAGCAAACAUUUGAAGGCUGACCAUGGAUUGGCUGAUGCAAGCAGUCGAGAAAGACUUGGGAGUGGAUCGGCGGCAGUUAGGUCCAGGGCCUCGUUCUCGAGAGGUCGUAGCCCUGGUUCCUUUGCGUUGGGUAAUGAGCCUCAGGGAGAGGAAGGUCAUACGCUGUGCUCUCUUUGAAAGCAUCAGUGCAGCAGAAAUUUGCACAUACCUGCGGUCUUCCCAAGCAAAACUGCCUCCUGGCUGGACGAGAGUUUGCAUUCAGGGUCUCAGAAAAAGCAAGUUGAGCUACAGACUUAUCAGAGACUCGUGCUACCACCAAACGGAAAUGCAAGAUUCAUAUGUCAAAACCAUGCAUUGUGUGUCACAGCAUAAUGUCAGAAAUCUGUGGCGGGAAGCUCAUUACAAACUUGUGCAAACAUAUACAGGACCCAGUGAGCAAAUGCAUAUUGCAGCUGUACAUGCAGUGUGCCAUGCCUUAGAGAAGCUUUUCAAUCUGACCUUCAUCUCACCUGACAACGUGUCACCAUCUGUCUCUCCGGCCAGAGAGAAGGACAAAGACAACUUUUUGCCAUCUGGUUCCUCUUAUUGCUCUAAACCCCAAUCAGACACUCUUUGUCCUAAUGUCCUUCCAGCAGAAUGUCUGCUUGAGACAGCAGAAAUGGUGUACGUGAUUCUACCAUAUACUCAGUAUUCCCUUCACGACAUUGUGUCCUUCAGCCCAGCCAAGCUUGCUAACAGCCAUGCCAAAGUGUUGUUCAUCAUCUACCAGGUACUAAUAGCUCUGCAGGCAUGUCAUGCAGUAGGGCUGUCUUGUGGAGAGCUAUCUCUUCAGGAUGUAGCAGUAGAUGAGCAGCUCUGCAGCCACCUCAAACUCAACCUUGCUCAUUAUGAGGACCUGGGUGCAGAAAAGGAGGAAGUUGGUGAUGGUGCAAGACAAGAGCCAAAAAGUACCCUGCCAAAAGAAAUUAAAUCUUUGAGCCAAGAAAACAAUAGAAUCUGCAAAGAUUGCUUUGAUGAGCUAAAGACACUGGUGCUGGACUGGGUCCAUGGACGUAUCAGUAAUUUCCAUUAUUUGAUGGAGCUGAACAGGUUAGCAGGACGGCGAGAAGGAGACCCUAAUUAUCACCCAGUCCUGCCAUGGGUUGUGGAUUUUACUGUGCCAUUUGGACAAUUUAGAGACCUCAGGAGGUCAAAGUUCAGGCUUAAUAAGGGAGACAAGCAGCUGGACUUUACAUAUGAGAUGACUAAAGAAGCUUUGGCAGUUGCAGGAGGUAACAGGAUGGGUGUAGGCGGUAUAGGUGGAGACCUCAGUGGUCUGGGGUCUGGAGGUACUGGACAGUCUGAGCACCUUCAUGUACCUCAUCACAUAUCUGAUGUGUUGUCAGACAUUACCUAUUACGUCUACAAAGCCAGACAGACACCCAAAUCAGUGUUGUGCAGUCAUGUCAGAUCCCAGUGGGAGCCCAAUGAGUAUCCAGCUACUAUGGAGCGCAUGCAGAGCUGGACUCCUGAUGAGUGCAUUCCAGAGUUCUACACAGAUCCUUCUAUUUUCCGGUCAAUCCAUCCAGACAUGCCUGACCUGGAUGUGCCUUCUUGGUGCAAGUCCUGUGAAGAGUUUAUUGAGGUCCAUCGGCGCUUUCUUGAGAGCAGAGAAGUGUCUCAGCAUUUGCAUCAUUGGAUAGACCUCACAUUUGGCUAUAAACUGUCUGGUAAAGAUGCUAUUAAGGCCAAGAAUGUGUGCCUCCAUCUAGUGGACCACCACACUAACCUGACAUCCUAUGGUGUAGUUCAGUUGUUUGACCAGCCCCACCCACCUCGUUUAUCUUCAUCUCAGUAUGCUCCAGCAGAACCACCCUUUUUUGGUCUUGCUACUCUUAGUGUGCCUUCUCUACACAUUCCUCCAAUUAACACAGUGACUGACACUGUAGAUGGAAUGGUGCCAGAAUCCACAGGUUGCGAGUCCAGUACCUGGACCAUGGUAGAUAGAGAUGAAGAGCUUGAACAAGGUACAGAGGCUCUGGACGCGUUGGCCUCCUCUGCCUCAUCCACUUCUGUGUCUUGCUCUAUCCCACUGCCAACCAUCAGUGCAGGUGGAGGAAAGAUGGGUGGAGAGCUCACACCACUUGCAUCUCAGUCUCCAAGUUCAUUCCCAGGUGAUUUCACAAGUGGCAUAGGUCCUGGUUUACGUAGUGCAGUGUUGCAAAGAGGUGUGUCAGUAAACAAAAAACAAGGAGAAAAUGUCUUGAGCACAAAUGCGGAAGAAAUUAAGAUCAUUCUUCCAGAAGGUUUCAAUCCAUUGCAGCCUUUAGAAGAGCUGGAGAAACUGAAUAAUUUCUUAGUAAAGAGUCUUCAUGCUGAAGUUUGGCAUCCAACAACAUCUAGUGGUUCCAUGACAGAGGACCUGAUAAUUGACUCUCAGCCAUCUCUUACACAUCUUUAUCAAAGAGACAUGCAAGCUCUUGGUGUUCUAAUUGCGGAAAUAUUUUUUUCUGCCAAACUGAGAGGACUGGAACCAGAAACCCCCCUCAGAAAGCGUUUCCAAGCUGUUAUGAAGUUAUGCUCUUCAAACCUCUGUGAUUUGCCACUUUCUCUGCACCAUGCUCUUCAGACAUUAUUGCCGAUAGAGAAGUGCUCUGGAGGAGCUCACCAGAAUAUAUCAGAUUGCCCAGAUCCUCUUCUUUUCAAAUAUGACCCCAUCUGUGACGGUCUUCCUCCUCCAAACCCUCACCAGUUACUGAACUCCAUUAUCACUCCUUUCCCUUUUCCUUCUUAUUUUGCUUCACUUCAUAAUUUUAUCUUUUCCUAUCAUUCCAAGAUGGGCACUGUGUGUAGCCCUCAGGGACGAGACAUUGUCUUUCACCUUUGGCAGAAGCUUGAAGCACUGUUACGGAGUAAUUUCACAGCAGAGGGUCUUGAGAUUCUCUUGCCCUUCAUUCUGACCCUGAUGCUUGAGGAGUCCACUGCUGUCUAUGCAGCUUGGUACUUGUUUGAACCCAUCUCUAGAGUACUGGGUCCCAGAAACGCAAAUAAGUACCUACUAAAACCACUGAUCAAUGUUUAUGAAAACCCUCACUGCCUCAAAGGACGUUUCUAUCUCUACACUGACUGUUUCAUUCUUCAGCUCAUAAUGAGACUUGGCCUGCAGGCCUUUCUCUCAAACUUACUUCCUCAUGUGCUGCAGGUCAUCACUGGCUUUGAGCGCUGCAUCGCAGGCACUGGUGGUGAAACUUAUAAAGGGCUGAGGACAGACAUAUGCAAUCUUGGAGAGGAGGAGGAUGAAGGUUUUCAGUGUGGCAAGGUACGACCAUCAUCUGGGUCUGCUGCUGGUAGCAUGGGGGGUGGCAAUGGGGUUAGUGGAGGUGUUGGACUGGUUGGAGAUGCCGGGAUGGUUGAUUACUCAUCUGGUAUUAGUCUCAGUGACCAAGUGUUUCUUUCAGAUGCAGAGGACUUUCAGAAUGAGUUUUAUGUGAACAGUGAAGCAGGAGUGGCUUCUGGGAAGCAGCAUAGUCAGAAUUUAUCAUCCAAAGACCAAGAUCAAGAAUCUUUUAGUGUGGGAAAACUAAGUGACAAAAGCAGCACGAGUGAACUCUCACUGGGUGAGGACUCUGUGCGGGAUCGAGCCAGUCUGAAAUCAGCUGACAGUAGCCAGGACUUGAAACAUGCCAGUGAGGGAGAGGAAGGAGGAGAGUUGGAGGAAGAAGAGGUCAUUAAUGACAGUAAAGAGGGGAGAGAUCACACAGCUGCCCUUAACGCAGAGUUCACUGAUUCAGGAGCCACAGUUGCAACUCUAGAAGGUGAGACAUUGAAUGGACUGACACUAGAAGAGACUGAGAAAAGAACUGUGGAAGGACAAGAAGAGGAGGAUUGUGAUCCAUCAGAGACUUCUGAGGAAAAAGAGCAAAAGAUUCUUUUAGAUACAGUAUGCAAAACUGUUCGCUGGCUCUCGGCAAAACUCGGACCAACAGUGACGUCUCGAUAUGUAGCCAGAAAUUUGCUGCGGUUGCUUACAAACUGUUACAUCGGACCUGAAAAUCACCAGUUUGUGGCCUCCCCAUCAGAGCAGAGCCACCUGGAGAGUAUGGGAAUGGGCAGCGUUUAUGAGAAGAAACCUGUAGUUGGUGAUCAAACAGCAGGGCCUGUUCUGGAUGGUCUCAUCUACAUAGCUCAACUUUAUGGAGAGCCUGUGCUCACUUACCAGUUCUUGCCUUAUAUAGGAUAUUUGGUGUCUCCGCCAUCUUCACAGCGUCUAAAUACACGCAAGGAAGCAAGUCUUCUCGGCGCUGUUGCUCUUACACAGAAGAUCAUUGUCUUUCUCUCAGAUACCACUUUGAUGGACAUGCUGAUGAAGAUCAAUCAGGAUGUUCUACUUCCACUUUUAGAUCUUCUUACCACGCCACGAAUGGGGUUUCCCAGUGGGGUGCAAACACGCACAGCUGUCUGUGUCAAAACAUUGAGCCUAAUGGCUCUCAUCUGUCUGCGCAUUGGACGGGAGAUGGUGCAACAGCACAUGGCUGACACACUGCGUCGGUUCUUUGCUGUUUUUUCUCUCCUGCAGUCCCUUCAGUCUCAGCUGAAUGAUGCCCCUCGGAGAAUUGUGAGAGAAGUAACAGUGGUGGAUGUUUGCAUGCCUGAAGAGUCCAAUGUAACAUAUGAGCUGGGAGUCUUAGAGGAGUUGCAGUCAGUGUUUAAUCCUGAGAUGGCUCAUGCCUCCUAUAUCCCUUUCUACUGCCUUAUAGGUGACACAGCUAUCCGGAAACUGGUUCCAAAUCAUGAACUGGUCUGGCAUUUGGCCCAGUCUUACCAUCAGAGUGUGAGUCAGGUGGGCUCAGAGACAAACCGUACCUCAUCAUCCAGGUUGGAGUCUUUUCCAUCCUCUGGUUUGGACAGAAAUGUGGUUUGUAGUCCAUUUCCUGCUCCUUCAAGUUACGCCACAUCACAGGAAGACUUCGUCCCUGAGUCAGGCACAUUUGGAAGCCACCUGGUCGGAAACCGUAUUCAAGUGUUCCCUGACACCGAGUAUGGUAGCAACGCCAACCACGGCUUGGCCAGCUCUUGGGGACGUUCCAGUCUCACAACUCCCAUUGCCACCACUACCUCCACCUUUGUUCCUUCCUCAACAGGUUCAUCUAAUUUUUUCUCCUGGAUAACGGGCCCCUCCCCAGAGGACAGUGCCCUGAAGCAAGAGCUCCCUCGUAGUAGCCGCUCCCUACAGGGAAACUGGUUGGCCUACUGGCAGUACGAGAUUGGUCUUAAUCAACAAGAUUCACAUUUCCACUUUCACCAGAUCAGAUUGCAGAGUUUCUUGGGUCAUUCAGGCACUGUCAAGUGUUUGGCACCGCUGGCUGGAGAGGAUUACUUCCUUUCUGGAAGUAAAGACAAGACUGUGAAACUCUGGCCUCUUUAUAAUCAUGGUGAUGGGACACAGGAGGUGGAGCCCAAGCUGACAUAUAGUGAACAUCGAAAGUCUGUCUUCUACGUUGGACAACUCGAAACUACUCAGGAAGUUGUUAGCUGUGAUGGUACUAUCCAUGUGUGGGACCAAUAUACAGGCAAACACAUUCGCUUGUAUGAAUCUGUGGAUGGGAAGAAUCCAAUUACAGCCAUCACCACCAUGCCAGCUCCACACUGCAGCAUUGUGUUUGGCAGUGCAGAUUCUGUUCUCCGCUUCAUUGAUCCUCGAAAACCAGGAUUGCAGCACGAAUUUCGCCUAGCAUACAGCAAUGUUAGUGCUGGGCUCAUUCGCUACCUGGCUGUAAGUCCCUCAGGACGCACAGUGGCUGCAGGUUUCUCGUCUGGAUUCAUUGUUCUGCUAGAUGCACGCACAGGACUUGUACUUAAGGGCUGGCCAGCUCAUGAAGGGGAUAUUCUCCAAAUGAAGGCUGCAGAGGGGAAUCUGGUGAUCAGCUCCUCCACCGACUACACACUGACCGUGUGGAAGGACCUUGAAAACAAGCCUCUUCGCCAGUACAAGUCGCAGUCGGAUCACAUCCAUGCCUUUGACCUUUACAAUUCCCAGAUCGUUACUGGAACGGUAGCUAACAAGAUCGGGGUGUACUCCAUGGCCGACAUCUCCCUGAGCCCCGUUAGCAGCACAAAACUGAGCUCGGAGAACUUCCGCGGCACUCUGACCAGCCUGGCGGUCCUGCCCACUAAGCGGCUCUUGCUGCUGGGCUCUGAAAAUGGCGCCAUCAGGUUAUUAGCCUAA